AUGGUGUCUGUUAAAUCUUUGAUCAUGGCCCUUUUUAUCUCUGCAGUCAGCGCACAAGGGCAAUCGUGUACCUGCGGAGAUUCGUCCACUACCCAAGCCUUGUGCGGCACCAUCUCCACCGCAUCCUUCAACUCGGUAGCAGGAAGGUGCAAUCUUCCAACCAUUAACGCCGCCAAUACUUUCCGUCAAAACUGCAAAGCCACCGCAACAUGCCUGGCAGCAUAA